AUGCACGGGGGCGCGUUCAACCGGGGCAACGCGGCGAUGCAUAACUCGGGGGCGAUGGUGGGCUGGGCGGCUGAGCCGUUCAUCUGCGUGUCGUUUGGGUACCGAAUCGGAGCGCUUGGGUUCCUGCCGUCGGCGCUGAGUGCGAAAGAGGGCGCGCUGAACCUGGGGCUUAAGGACCAGAUCUGCCUCAUGGAGUGGGUGCAGGAGAACAUUCACCACUUCGAAAGGACUCGGUCACCUUGUUUGGCUUGUCGGCGGGUGCAUACUCGGUGA